AUGGCACGCAUGCUCUCGAAGGUUCUUCUGUCCGCCUUUCUCGCGACCGCCGCGGCCGAGACCUUGGACACGCCGCUGGCAGUCGACGACCAGUGCGAUGCCGCUGGCGGCGACUGUGCCCUGCAAGCUCUGCAGACUCGGGCAGCCUCUGUGGCCGAUGCACCGGGAGGCUGCCCCGGCGGUCUUGGCCGCCCCAUCGGCGGCGCGCCGUGCCGACCCUGCCCCGAAGGGACCUACAGCGAGGAAGGCGCCGCGUCCUGCACCCGCUGCAAGGCGGGAACGUGGAACGACCGCCGAGGCUCCCCCACGAAGGAAAGCUGCAUGUCCUGCCCGGCAGGCACCUGGAGCAGCCAGGAGGGAGCAUUGUCCCUCAACGCCUGCGUGGAGUGCCCGGCCGGGCGUUGGAGCAACUCCUCUGGCCUGGACUCUCUGGCCAAGUGCACCGCGUGCCAGCCCGGCACCUGGAGCGGCAUGGCCGGCGCUACGGCGGCCGGGGUCUGCACCGAGUGUGAGGCCGGCAGGUGGAGCCCUCAAAUUGCCGCCGUGACGGAAACCGUCUGUGUGGCCUGCACGGCUGGCCGCUACAACGAGAAGGCGGGGUCCUCCGACUUCGACGCCUGCAUCUCCUGCAAACCUGGCACAUGGAGUGGCAAGAUUGGUGCGGACACCGUGGGGGUUUGCGAAGCUUGCCCAGCAGGCAAGUGGAGCCCGGCCAAGGGCGCAACCUUCCCAGAGACCUGUGCCAGCUGCCAGCCCGGAACAUACAGCAGCACCAAGGGCGCCUCUUCCCAGGACUUCUGCGAGAAGUGUGGCCCGGGCAAGUACAGCGAGGUGACGGCAGCAACCAGCGAAGCCACCUGCACCAAGUGUGGCAAGGGCACCUACCAGCCCAUCAUCGCUGCGGGCAACCACACACUUUGCAUCCCCUGCUCGGUUGGCAAUUUCAGCAAGAGCGUUGGCGUUGCCAUGUGCGAGAUGUGCCCGGCAGGCAGCUACGGCGACGACUUCGGCAUGACUGGCUGCAAGUCUUGUCCUGAAGGCACCUGGACCAGGGCCGAAGGCUCUUUCCGCAGCGACCAGUGCAGCAGCUGGAUCAAGCCGCCUGCGAAGAAGGUCAUUGUGGAGGCCACAGACGAGAAGGAGGAGAAAGAAGAGAAGGACGACAAGGAAGAGAAGGAGGAGAAGCAAGAGGAAGAGGAGGAGAAGAUGCCGUGGGAUGAGCACGUCACGGAGGAGAAGGAGGACGAGGAAGAGAAGGAAGAGAAGAAUGAUCCCCCUCGCUGA